GCACAUGCUUCUCUGAGGACUUGGAGAGCGGCCCCUGAGGCUCCGGGAAUAUACCCCCAGAAGAGUCAUCCUUACUUUUGCACAAGAUGACAAACAGUUCUACCUUCUGUCCAGUGUACAGAGAUCUGGAGCCAUUCACAUAUUUCUUUUACUUAGUUUUCCUUAUUGGGAUUAUUGGAAGCUGUUUUGCAACAUGGGCUUUCAUGCAGAAAAACACAAAUCACAGGUGUGUAAGCAUAUACUUAGUUAAUUUGCUUACAGCCGAUUUCCUGCUCACUCUGGCAUUACCAGUGAAAAUUGCUGUUGACUUGGGUGUGGCACCCUGGAAGCUGAGGAUAUUCCACUGCCAAGUAACAGCCUGCCUCAUCUACAUUAAUAUGUACUUAUCGAUUAUCUUCUUAGCAUUUGUCAGCAUUGACCGCUGUCUUCAAUUGACACACAGCUGCAAGAUUUAUCGAAUACAAGAACCUGCAUUUGGCAAAAUGAUAUCGGCCGUCGUGUGGGGAAUGGUCCUUCUGAUAAUGGUGCCAAACAUGGUGAUUCCCAUCGAAGACAUCAAGGAGAAGCCACAUGUAGGAUGCAUGGAAUUCAAAAAGGAGUUUGGGAGAAACUGGCAUUUGCUGACAAACUUCCUAUGUGUAGCUAUAUUUUUAAAUUUCUCAGCCAUCAUUUUAAUAUCAAACUGCCUAGUAAUUAGACAACUCUACCGAAACAAAGAUAAUGAAAAUUAUUCAAAUGUGAAAAGAGCUCUCGUCAACAUACUUUUAGUGACUACAGCCUACAUUAUAUGUUUUGUUCCUUAUCACAUUGUCAGAAUCCCAUACACGCUCAGCCAGACCGAGGUCAUAUCUGACUGUCCAACCAGGAUUUCCCUCUUCAAAGCCAAAGAGGCCACACUGCUCCUGGCCGUGUCAAACUUGUGCUUCGACCCUCUCCUGUACUAUCAGCUCUCAAAGGCUUUCCGCUUGAAGGUCACUGCAACUCUUGCUUCAGGUAAGGAGAGCAGGGCUCAGAAAGAAAAAUCAAGUUGUGAAAAUGAUGCAUAAACCAUGGGACUGUGCUAUAACUUUAUGCUGCAACUUCUUCCCUUACUGGACAACAAGCGCAAAACAACUGGAAAGGAGGAGAAAAAGAGCCUCAGAAUGUAAAAGUCCAGACAGCUAGCAAAUGCGGCACGGUUUACUGUGAAACCCUGUUUUUAAAUGCAAACCAAACAGUACUUCUUGGUUCUUAAGGCAAAUAUUUGUACAAAAAAACUAAAAAUUCUUGUUAAACCAAUGUAAAACCCUGCAAUAUCCUUGAAAUCCAAAUGACUUCUAUGGCAGACA